AUGAAUGACGAUCCAAUCAUCAAUUCUCAUCUAUUACAAUUAAAUAUCGAUGAUACUGAUAUUGAUUUAGAAUCUGAUUCAGAUAGUAGUUCAAUUGAUUCUGAUAUCAAAGUCGAUGGCACAGAACAAAACAAAAUUAAAAACGAAAAAAUAGUUCCAUUAUCACCAGAACAAGCAUCAACACCACAAACUAUUACUACUUCAAUAACAUUAACACUAAAAACUUCAUCAAACACAUCAUCAUCGCAACCAACAACAAAUUUUAAUUCAAAACGUUCAGCAACAACAACAAAUAUGUCGUUAUCUGUUACAAAAAGAUGA